AUGGAAGGAAAGCACAGCACCAUUACGGUGCGUCUUCGAAAUCAGGAACUCUGGGAAAUGUUUCGCCGCGAGCAAACUGAAAUGAUUAUAACCAAAGCUGGAAGGCGUAUGUUUCCCGUCCCAGACUUCUUCCUUGGUGGACUCGAGCCUGACCAAUACUACGGCUGCGCAGUUGAAGUUGUGGCUGCAGAUAUGAACCGAUAUCGUUACAAGACACCCCAAGGGUGGGUUCCUGCAGGGAAAGGAAUGCAACUGGACGAGGUGCACUGCAAGUACCUUCACCCCAACUCGGCCAGCCUUGGACAGCACUGGAUGGCACAAGGAGCCUUGUUUGACAAAUUAAAACUGUCCAAUCACAUUAUACCAAGUAGUAACAGCGUGGUCGUCAGCUCUAUGCAGAAGUACGAACUAAGACUUGUUAUCACUAAACUGGGCAUGCACCAAUGUGACCGAUGGGUAUUCAACUUUCCCGAGACCCAGUUCAUCACUGUCACUAGUUACCAGAAUCCGCGCAUGACUCAACUCAAGAUCGACAACAAUCCAUUCGCCAAGGCGUUCAGAGAAGGAAAAAGGUCGAGCCGACGGGACAGCACAGGAUCAAAAUCCAAGAAAAGACGCCUGCGUUUUCCAUCUCCGCCACCCAUAAUACGUUAUCAGACCCCCUUCAUGAAUUUCCUCAAAAGCCAAGAUCAACCAGCACUAACCGCUGCCUUGGUACCCCCGCCACCCCCACCCCUGUCACAUAAUUGGCCUGAGGACCCGUGUAUGAUAAGAAACAUUCCUUUCAAGAACGACUUCCCAUUUCCUUGGGAGCAAGACGACUUGAUACCCGGUCAGAUAUCCUCGGUUCCAUCUACCAACUCAAGUCUUAAAAUGGAGCUCAAUCGGACCUUGCACCUGCGCGAAAGUCUUUCUUUCGGGCCACAUGACCUGCCAACAGACGACAUACAGACGCAGUUUCCUGCUCAGUGCUGGUCAGAGCCUCCGCUGGGUUUUAACAUAUUUGAGGAUGCGCAAACGCAGAUGCAGCAUUAA